AUGGUCUACGAAGAUCGCACCGUACUUGACUGUCAAGAUCGUGCACAGUUAAGAUGGGUGCUGCUUUUGUUUAUCAAAGUUAUCCAGAAUGUGGUUGAAUUUCUUGCCGUGGGAACUUAUGCUUAUCUGGCUCGAAGCCUCUGGAAAAAGAGGGUGUACAACACAAACUUAUCGUUGCUUUUGAUAUUCCUUCCGAUUCCUUCGGUGAUAGGAAUCUUGAUGUACACAGCAAGAGAUGUAAUCAUGUUCACUGGCUGUACCUCGGAAACCAUCAUCAUGAUAGUGGACUCCGUGCAAAAUGCAGGGAUGUUCGGCGGUGCACUCAAUCUGCCAAACUUCGUCGUUGACCGUCUUUGUGCCACCCUGAUGCCAACAAUGUAUGAGAGUAAACGUUUUCCUUGGAUUGCCUUAACAAUGAUCCUCAUACAGCUUGUGCUCACUUCCAUGGUUGUGCUUGCUUAUCAAACAAGGAUGAUCCCUUUUCUCUAUCAGACGAUUAUCUUCACAAUCUCAUGCGUUAUGUCAGUUGUGGUAUUCUCAAUUCUUCCCGCAAUUACCAAGAAGAUUCAUGAACAUCAUAGAAAUAGCCAGGCUCCCGUGACAAUCCUUGUAUCAAUACUGGUCAUGACCCACUCUCAUCCGAAACUAAUGCGUGCUCUGCCAUGUAUGAGGAAAAAAACACAAAUAGCUCCUCCAUGCAACAUGACAGUGAUAUCUAGUGAUGGUCGCAUUUUGUCGUUCUCGGCCGUUGAAGAACAGAAGAUCUACUUUGACAAUUACAAGACGAUGUGGACAAAGUAAAAUUGCUGUAUGCAAUGCUUACC